AUGUCCUUGGGACAUCAUGAAUUUGAUUCGGGUGUACCCAAGCUACUGCCUUUCUUGGUUAAUACCCCAAAACUAAGGCAUAUCAAACGUUUACACAACUCUGCAGGUUUUUAUGUGAAAGGUGCAAAGGUUGGCGUAAUUGGCGACAUUACAUCCGAUACUUUGGAUCUUACGAUGACAAAGGAGGACAUAUUCAGUGAUGAAAAUGAAGCAAUCAAGCUGGAUGCUUUUCCCACCAACCAACCGGCCGAAGUUGCUAGUGAAUUUAUUAUUUUACACAAUAAUGAUAUGCAUUCGCGUUUUGAACAGACAGAUGCCAAGAGUGGCAAAUGUGCGGAGCAAUUGGCAAAGGAGGAUAAAUGUUAUGGUGGCUUUGCCAGGGUGGCACAUUUAGUUCGCAAAUACCGCAAGGAGGCAGAGGAAGGUGGUAUGCCUGUCGUCUAUUUGAAUGCCGGUGAUACUUCGGCGGGUACAAUUUGGUAUUUCCGCUUUAAAGAUGACAUUGCAACGGCUUUUCUCAAUAAAUUAUUACCCGAUGCAGCGUCCUUGGGUAAUCAUGAAUUUAAUACUGGUAUACCUGGGCUGGUGCCUUUCUUGGAAAAGGUGGAUUUCCCCAUUGUUGCAGCUAAUUUGGAUCUCUCCGCCACCCCGGAACUAAGAAAAACCAAACAUUUACAAAAUUCCACAGUAUUGGAUGUGAACGGUGUGAAGGUUGGCGUUAUUGGUUAUAUUACACCCGAUACCUUUGAACUGACAAUGACAAAGGAGAACAUAUUCACCGAUGAAAUCGAAGCCAUCAACCGCGAAGCUGAGAACCUUAAGGCCCAGGGCAUCAACAUUAUCAUCGCUGUGGGCCAUUCGGGCUAUGAAAAAGAUCAGGAAAUUGCUGCCAAAUGCCCCGAGGUGGAUCUUGUCAUUGGUGGCCAUACCAAUACAUUUUUGUAUAAUUCCGAACAGCCAGAUAUUGAAAAUAUUGAUGGACCCUAUCCCACAUUGGUGAAUCAGACCAGUGGCAAACAGGUGCCAGUGGUGCAGGCCUAUGCCUAUACCAAAUACUUAGGGAAAUUGCAUGUACAGUUCGACAAGGAUGGUAAUUUAAUUAAAUUUGAUGGCACUCCGAUUCUUCUCAAUGCUGAAAUACCCAGAGAAACCGAUGUCUUGGAAUUAUUGGAAGUCUAUCGCCCCGAAGUGGCAAAAUUGGAAAAUGAUGUUGUGGGCCACACGAUGGUAUUCAUCGAUGGUCGUGCCGAGGUAUGCCAUUUCCGGGAAUGUAAUUUGGGCAACUUGGUCACCGAUGCCAUGGUCCAUGCUCGCGUUUUGGAAGAUUUGGGCGGUACUUAUUGGACAGAUGCCGCAGUGGCCUUUGUUCAGGCCGGAGGCAUGCGUGAUGGCAUUGAACCCCGUUCCGAUGGUACAAUCACCGCCAAAGAUGUCAGCAAUGUGUUGCGUCACAACAACGAUUUGUAUGUCUCGAAGAUUAGUGGCAAAACCCUACUCGCAGCCUUGGAACACUCUGCCUCGAUGGUUGAGAAAAAGGAACCCACUGGAUUUUUACACAUGUCCGGAGUCCAUGUCACCUAUGAUUACAAUAAUCCUGUUGGUAGCCGAGUUGUUACCGCUGAUAUCCGUUGUGCUGCCUGUGCCACUCCCAUCUAUGAACCGCUGGAUGAGAAGAAAUUCUAUAAUGUGAUUAUAUCGCGUUACCUCCUCAAUGAAGGUGAUGGUUAUAAAUUCUUUGAAGAUAAUCCUGGUCAGGCGCAACAUAUGAAGAGUAAGGAGGUUGAUGUUUUAUCGAUAUAUCUCAAGGGUCAUGAUUUCAUUUAUCCCGGUGUUGAGGAUAGAAUUACAAUUAUUCAAAAAAUUGCCGAGUGA